CGCGCCUCGUCGCCGCGCCGCCCGUGCGAGGCAUGGCCUGACGGAGUCGCGCCGCACCGCGCAGAGCAGACACGGGGGCCAUGGCGACCUCUCACGUCCCACUCCCGCCCCCUCCUCCUCUCGCCACCCCGCUGCCGGCGGCGGCGGCGGCGGCUCUGCCCCGGCCGGCGUGGAACACCAACCGGAACCUCGUGGUGACCCACCCGCUGCUCUCCCUCCUCGAGUCGUGCGCCUCCUUCCGCCGCCUCCUCCAGCUCCACGCGCUCCUCACCGUCACGGGCCUCGCCGCCCACCGCUUCCCGGCCUCCCGCCUCCUCGCCUUCUGCGCGCUCUCCACGCCGCCCCGCCUCGCCCACGCCGCGGCGAUCCUCGCCCGCGCGUCGCCGGGGCCGAACGCCUACAUGAUCGACACCAUGAUGCGCGGCUUCCUCCGCGCCCGCCUACCCCGCCGCGCGCUCGGCCUCUUCCGCCGCGUCUUCCGGGACCGCCUCCCCACCGACGCGCGCACGUUCGUUUUCGCGCUCAAGGCCGCUGCCGAUUCGGAGCACGGCUCGCCCUCAGGCGGCGAGGCCGUCCACUGCGCGGCCCUCAAGUGUCGGUUCCUUGGCGAGAGCGUGCUCGUGGGGAAUGCGCUGGUGCACUUCUAUGCAAACCACAGGUUACUGGGGGAUGCAGCCAAGGUGUUUGAGGAAAUGCCUGAGAGGGAUGUGGUCUCUUGGACGACGCUGGUGGAUGGCUAUGCGCGGGCAGGCUUGGCAGAUGAGGCAUGGAGACUCUUCUGCAGGAUGGUUGUGAUUGAGGGCAUGCGGCCGAACGAGGUGACGCUGGUGGCCGCAGUCUCUGCGGUUGGGCAGAUGGGGUUGCUAGCGCUAGGGGUGAUGGUGCACAGGUAUGUUGCAGACGGUGAUGUUGCUCGGAGUGUCAAUUUAGAGAAUGCACUAAUGGAUAUGUUUGGGAAGUGCGGCUCUGUGAGAUCUGCUAAGGAGGUUUUUGAUAGCAUGGUGGUUAAGGAUGUCUACUCCUGGACGAGCAUGGUUAAUGCUUAUGCAAAGUGUGGUGAUUUGGAAAGCGCAGAACAACUAUUUGAGGAUAUGCCAAGGAGGAAUGUGGUCUCCUGGAGUUGUAUGAUCGCAGCGUAUUCACAGUUGAAUCAGCCUGAAGAAGCUGUACGGUUAUUCAUGGAGAUGAUUGCGGAAGGUGUGGAUCCAGUUGAUGCUACCCUUGUGAGUGUUCUAUCAGCGUGUGCUCAAUUAGGUUGCUUGGAUCUUGGCAGGUGGAUAUAUGUGAGAUACAUUGCGAGCAAUAAGAUUGAGCUUACCAUUAAUUUAGGUAAUGCGUGCAUUGAUAUGUUUGCAAAAUGUGGGGAUGUAGGUCAAGCAUCAAGGUUAUUUGAUGAGAUGACAGAGAGGAAUGUAGUGAGUUGGAACACAAUGAUCAUGGCCCAUGCCGUGCAUGGUCAGUCUGAAGAAGCUAUUCGUUUAUUUGAGCAACUAAAAGGAGCAAAUGUUGAGCCUGAUGGGAUCACUUUCCUGGGAUUACUUUCUUCAUGCAGUCACCGUGGGUUAGUUUCAGAAGGACGACGUUAUUUCAAAGAAAUGAAAAUGUUUUAUAGGAUUGAACCCAGGGUUGAACAUUAUGCAUGCAUGAUUGAUCUUUUGGGUAAAGUUGGGCUUCUAGAGGAGGCAUUUGAAGUUGCACGGGGUAUGCCGAUGGAAGCUGAUGAGGCUGGUUGGGGUGCUCUUUUAAAUGCAUGCAGAAUGCAUGGCAAUUUAGAGAUUGGUGCAUGUGUUGCAGAUAAGCUUGUAGAAUUGGAUCCUUCAGACAGUGGAAUCUAUGUACUUAUGAGCCAAAUAUAUGCAAGUAAAAGUAAAUGGGAUCAGGUGAAGAUGCUGAGGAUGAUGAUGAGAGAUAGAGCGGUAAAGAAGAAUCCUGGCUGUAGUUCUAUCGAGGUUGAAGGAAGGUUCCAUGACUUUUUGGUGGCAGAUGUUUCACAUGCUCGUUCAGAAGAUAUCUAUGCAGCAUUGAAGAAUAUUUACUUCCAUUUAAAACAAGAAGGUUAUGUUCCCCCAACUUGACUGUGGUGAAAAUUGCUUGUUUCUCAUCGUUCAUGUACCUCAUAACAACCUUCACUGUAGAAGGAAAAGGAAAAUCUAGCAGAAGACAUGAUUUUACGAAUCUAAAGCUCAAAAUCCUACUGACAAAUUUUCAUUAAUAACCUACGUUGUUCAUGAAUCAUGGCCUGCAAGUGAGAUAAAAAUUAUACGGCAAGUGAGAAAAAGGUAGUGCAAGUCUGACGAAGAACUGCAGUGACUGUCAUGUGCUGAGCCUAUUCUGGAUUUUGGACGAGAUAUAUCAUAACAAGUAACUUCAGUGUUGUUAAGAAGCUUGAUUGAACCGAGGCUUGUUUCUUGCCUUAUUUGUUGUAAACAAACUCAGGCAAUUCCAGACGACAUGCCACAGAGUUUUUACUGUGUGAAGCAGAUCCCCUGCAAUGCCCAAAAUGCUCAUCCAGAAAACGCCUUUCUUAAGGCGAUUCAGUUCCAGAUUGGCAGUCAUGGCCUGCGUGCCUCCCGCUGCGGCGCCGUGGAGCUCGGCACCACCCUUCCUUAAUGCAGAAGAGGGAGCAAGGACGAUACAUUCACUGCCCAGCUGAAUGCCUCAGUUUCAUUGAAUCCAGCAGAGCAGCGCAGAGCUGUACUGCUGUGAAGUGCAGUAUGUACUCGAUCAUAUGCCACGGCGAUGCUGCACCGUCGUCCUCUUCUCCAAGCUGCAACAGGUUUUUCUUUCAACAGCCACCUGCCCUUUGAGCACGGGGGCAUGCAUGGAAGCACCAGCUAGAUAGACUGCCCUAGUGGAGAAGGCU